UUUUCUUUGAAAGUUUUCAAAAAACGUGAGGCAAACGUAAAAUUGGUCCUAAUCGCAUUACGAACCCGAAGAACAACGAAGGACGAAGCUUACAGUUACAUUCAUGUCCAAUAUUGCUGCCAUACUUGCUGAGAAACAUUGUCAGAGGUACCUGAGAGGAUUCACAGACUGUGUCAAUGAAUUCCCAGAAACCUGGCAUCUGGAUUGUGAAAAUCAGAGACUGAAACUUCAAAGAUGUCUGCAGUCAAAUGAGGCUGUUGUGAAAAUUAAAGAGAAAUGUGCACCAGAGUUUUCAAUUUAUGAGGACUGCAUCUCUAAAAAUCCUCAGGAAAUGGCGAAAUGUUUGUCCGAGUUUCAGAGCUUUAUAAGCUGUGCUGACAAAGUCGCAGAUAAAACAUGAUAACAGAAGACUCAUCCUCUACAGGCACCUACCAGUAUUGUGUUACUAUGACAACCUACUGGUAUUGUGUUACUAUGGCAACCUACCAAUAUUGUGUUACUAUAGCAACCUACCAAUAUUGUGUUAUUAUGGCAAUGUUUUAUUCACAGAAGGAUAGACACCUAAAGUUUUCUGUGACUCAUUGCUCUUAGAAGAAGCAGUUAUCAUGUAUUGUGAGCACUCUAUUAUACUAACAGUAUGUUCAUGUCAAAAUAAAGAUUUCUGGACUUUA